AAUAAAAAAAGCCAUAGUUUUUGAGGACAAGCCCGGCCGAAGAGUCGGCGGCGAGACGUUCCUUUGUCACCGAUAAUACUUGAUUGUGAUAGACACAAACGAAGAGAAACGGAGCCAGGAGGCGAUAACAGAAGCAUAGAGAUGGGAAACCAGAAGCUUAAAUGGACGGCGGAGGAAGAGGAGGCGUUACUCGCCGGAGUUGGAAAGCACGGUCCCGGAAAGUGGAAGAAUAUUCUCCGCGAUCCCCAAUUCGCUGAUCAGCUCUCUAAUCGCUCCAACAUCGACCUCAAGGACAAGUGGCGUAAUUUAAGUGUUGCCCCUGGCAUUCAAGGCUCUAAGGAUAAGAUAAGGACACCAAAAAUCAAAGCUGCUGCUUUUCAUCUGGCUACCGCUGCAGCUGCCGCUACUCUACCUCCUACUGUUCUCCCUUCUCCAAUUGUUACUCUUAUCCGUAGUGUAUCUUCUGAUUUGAGCAUUGAUGAAAGUUGUAACAUUGUGGUUGAUGCAAAGAAUGCUCCCAGAUAUGAUGGAAUGAUAUUUGAAGCUCUUUCAACCUUGACGGAUGUUAAUGGAUCUGAUGUCAGUGCAAUUUUCAACUUCAUUGAGCAGCAACGACAUGAAGUGCCACUAAAUUUCAGAAGGAUUCUUAGUUCAAGAUUGAGGAGGCUUGCUGCUCAGGGAAAACUUGAAAAGGUUAGCCACUUAAAAUCAACGCAGAACUUCUAUAAGAUGAAUGACAAUAGCUUGGUACCAAGAACACCACUUGUAGCGAGACCAAAAGAGACGAACGUGAAACCCCGGCAGACAAACAGUCAAGGACCCUCUGUUUCACAGGAGAUGGUUGGUGAAGCUUCAAUAACGGCAGCUUAUAAGCUGGUGGAAGUAGAGAACAAACUAGAUGUGGUCAAAGGAUCGUCAGAAGAGAUACAGAGAAUGGUGAAUUUGGCAAAACAUGCUGAGAAUAUGCUAGCGAUAGCAAGAGAAAUGCACGAAGAAUGUUGUCAGGGAAAGAUAAUGUUGCUGAAUUGAGGAUGAUGGAACAAAAGAAGCAGCACAGUAUCUUUUGGAGUUUCAUCAGACUCGCUUGGUGUUGGUAUAUAUACUAAUAGUAAUAGGCUAUUAGCUUUUUGCAUUUAUCUUUCUUCCAAUGUUUUCAUAUGAUACCAACUUAGGAAUUGUUUGGACAAAAGUAACACUAACUUUCUUUCAUUUUCAUUUCAUCAUAAAAAGUAGGUAGUUGCGUAAUUAUCCGAAACAUAAAAGUUCUGGUGUGGUUGAAAAGGUUCGUAGUAAAAACUUUUUUGUAUUGUAUGCUUUUGGAAACUAGCUUGAAAAAGGUUUAAGGACUUUGAAUC